AUGGGAGACGCUGUGGUUGGGAUCAUUGGCAUGGGCGACAUGGGCAAGAUGUACGCCAGGAGGAUCAGUGAUGCUGGAUGGAAAGUCCACGCCUGCGACGUGCCAGACAAGUUUGAUUCACUAACGGCCGAGUUCGCCGACAGAAAAAAUGUCAGCAUCCUUGAAAAUGGCCACCUCGUCUCACGCAGCAGUGACUGGAUCAUGUACUCAGUCGAAGCCAAGAACAUCGACGCCGUCGUAGCCAAGUUCGGUCCCUCCACCAAGAUGGGUGCAAUAGUAGGCGGUCAAACAUCCACCAAAGCCCCAGAAAUCGCCGCCUUUGAAAAACACCUCCCCAAAGACGUCGAAAUCGUCUCCUGCCACUCCCUCCACGGCCCCGGCGUCAACCCCAAAGGCCAACCCCUCGUCAUCAUCGACCACCGCGCCUCUCCCCAAUCCGUCGCCCUCGUCUCCCGCAUCCUCUCCUGCUUCGAAUCCACCUUCGUGCCCCUCUCCGCCGAAAAACACGACCGCAUCACCGCCGACACCCAAGCCGUCACGCACGCCGCCUUCCUCUCCAUGGGCACCGCCUGGCACGCCAACAACCAAUUCCCCUGGGAACUCCCGCGCUACAUCGGCGGCAUCGAAAACGUCAAAAUCAACCUCAUGAUGCGCAUCUACUCGAACAAAUGGCACGUCUACGCGGGGCUCGCGAUCCUCAACCCGGCCGCCAAAGCCCAGAUCCGCCAGUACGCCGAGUCCGUCACGGAGCUCUUCAAACUCAUGCUCGCGGGCCAGCGGGACGAACUCACGCGCCGGAUCUACGCCGCCAAAGCGGCCGUCUUCGGCGCUGGCACCCGCCGCAAGGACGAGGAACUCCUCCUCCAGGACGACCUCCUCGAUCGGUUCUCCCUCGGCACGAAACCCCUCCACCGCGUCAAGAACAACCACCUCUCCCUCCUCGCCAUGGUCGACUGCUGGCACCGCCUGCACAUCAUCCCCUACGACCACAUGAUCUGCUCGACCCCUUUAUUCCGCCUCUGGCUCGGCAUCACCGAGUACCUCUACCGCAACGACGAACUCCUGAACGAAUGCAUCGACACGGCGAUCGAGGACACGAGUUUCCGCGCGGAUGAUUUGGAGUUUACGUUUGCGGCGCGGGAUUGGAGUGAAAGGGUCCGCUUGGGGAAUAUGGAGGCUUAUCGCGAGAAGUUUGAGAAGGUGCAGGGGUAUUUUGAGGGGAGGUUUGAGGAGGCCGGGAGGGUGGGGAAUGAGAUGAUUCGGACUAUUGAGGAGGGGUUGAGGGAGAGGCGAGGGAAAUAA